AAAAAAUAUGCUGCAUAUUUUACCAAUAUGCAACUACUACUUCUAUAAGAGGCACGAAUACAUUUUUUUUUUUUGACAUUAUCCAUAUUGAACAUCAAAAUUUCGAAAGAUUUUGUUGACAAGGGGUUUUAGUUUCUCAAUGUAAUGCUUUUCAAACGGUUAUGCGCGGAGUGCAACGAAUUGCUCCCAGAAAAAAACCCAACGCGCAGCCUAAUUUUUGCAGGAUAUGGCUAAUCUCAUUACUACUAUGAGUCAACUCUGUAGUUGGGCUUCAUUGUUUUAAGCUGGGUUCAUUGCAAACAGGAGCGGCGUUUUAAACCUCUGAGGGGAAGGACUCGCGGUUGUUUUCCGAACAACCUGGCCACAGAAGGCACCAAAUCGAUAAAUCUUUCUUUUCCAUCCUCGUGGGCAUCAAUCAACAACGAUGAGUGCUGAACAACAGACUAAAGUCAACCCCAUGAGAAACCUCCAAAUCGAGAAGUUGGUUCUCAACAUUUGUGUUGGUGAGUCUGGUGAUAGACUUACUCGUGCCGCCAAGGUUCUUGAACAAUUGACUGGUCAAACUCCCGUCUACACCAAGGCCCGCUAUACCGUCCGUACUUUCUCUAUUCGUCGUAACGAAAAGAUUGCCGUUCACGUUACCGUCCGUGGCCCCAAGGCCGAGGAAAUUCUUGAACGUGGUUUGAAGGUCAAGGAAUACGAACUUAAGGCUCGUAACUUCUCCAACACUGGUAACUUCGGUUUCGGUAUUGAUGAACAUAUUGAUUUGGGUAUUAAGUACGAUCCCUCUAUUGGAAUUUACGGUAUGGAUUACUUCGUCGUUAUGGGUCGUCCCGGUAACCGCGUUGCCCGCAGAAAGCAUUGUAAGACCAAGGUUGGUGUCAACCAUCAAAUCAAGAAGGAGGAAUCCCAAGAAUGGUUCAAGGCCCGUUUCGAUGGUGUCAUCUCCUACAAGGCUUAAGUCGUGUCUCUUUUUUUUGUGUACAAAUAAAUAAAAAAAAAUAGCGAGAAAUACCAACGAAAGAAAAGUCGAAAAGG